AUGCAGGCAGAAGACAGCGCCACAUCGAAGACUACUCAUGUGUUCUCGGAGACCAGGCAUCGCUUAGGCGAUGUCAAACUAGUUUCCGAUAACCACAUUGUCCUGGUCCCUACCCCUUCGUCGGAUCCCCACGAUCCCCUGAAGCUGCCCGCAUGGCGGAAAUGGAUGAUCUUACUCCUUGUCUCCGCGUACAGCUUCAGCGCAGUGGUGCUCGUCUCGGGUCUGGGGCCAAUCCUCUCAGUCAUCCAGGCCGAAUAUCCCGGACAAGAACGUGUCAACGACCUCAUGACUUACCCAACGCUGUUCAUGGGCAUCGGCAAUAUAGUCAGCAUGCCACUGGCCCUGGCACUUGGGCGCCGGCCAGUUUUCGUUUUCAGCAUUCUACUGCUAGUGGUGACAAGCAUCUGGUGUGCAUUCUCCAAGAGCCUCGACAGCCAUAUAGCUGGUCGGGACAUUAUGGGGAUGGCCGCCGGCCAGAGCGAGGCGCUUGCACCGAUGAUAAUCCACGAGAUCUGUUUCCUGCAUGAGCGCGGUCGCAAGGUCGCCUGGUUUGUAUUCAUCCAGAACAUCUCCUGCGGCGCGUUUUACAUCGCAUCCACGUACAUGGUUAAUGCCUGGGGCUGGCGAUGGUGGUACGGGGUCUUCGCCAUCUUGAACGGGGCGAUCCUCCUUUUGAGCAUUGUGUUCGUAACCGAAACCGCCUUCGAGCGCACCCCGGAAGCAAUGCGUGGAGAAUCGCACGAUUCAACGACCCUCGGUAAGGACGACGCGCAGACCACUCAUCAGGAAGUCGUCUCGGUGGAUUCUCUCCAAGCCCAGCAGCCUCGCUCGUUCCUCGGCCACAUGACUCUCGUCCAGGUCACCCCCCAGUGGCGCAGAAUCCCAGAUUUCUACAGACACCUCGGCCAGGCAUUCUGCGUGCCGUCUAUCUUCUGGCUAUUCCUGCUCAACGGCGCAUUCCUCGGCGUAUACAUCUUCCAGUCAUCCACCUUCUCCACGAUCCUCCUGGCGCCGCCGUACGCCUUUCCCUUUACCAGUCUGGGCUACGUCCAAGCGGCACAGAUCCUCGUCUGCUUCAUUUUCCUCCCUCUGCUUGGGUAUGGCAGCGACUACGCGAUCCGCGUCAUGAGCCGGCGCAACCGCGGACAGUAUAAACCCGAGUAUCGAUUUCUCGGUCUGGCCAUGCCGUCUAUCACCGGAGUUAUCAGUGCGGUUCUGUACGGGCAGGCUGGAUCAUUCCCGUCGAGAUGGCAUUGGAGCGCCAUCGCAGUCCCCUUCCAGGGUGUCUUUUUCGGGUUUCUUGGGGCGAAUAUAGUGGGGAUCACGUACGCGCUGGACAGCUUCCCGAUGCGCUCGGCGGCGCUGUUGGUUGUCAUCUGUGCCGGUCGUGGGCUGGUUGGGUUCGGGUUGAGUUAUGCUGUUCUUCCGAGUAUCAAGGCGAUUGGGUAUCAUGGGUCGAUGGAUGUCCAGGCGAUCAUCUGUGCGGUUAUCGCGGCGAUGGCCGUUCCGAUGUAUUUUGCCGGUCCGUGGACGCGAGGGUUUGCGCAGCGGAAACUCGGGAUGGAUCAGGCUUGA